UAGUUGAGUUAAUCAUGGAGUACACUUUAAGCCUUUUUGUUUUUGUGACAUUUGUCCUAAUAUUUGACGGAAAUAACUAUGUUGAACCUGUGCUCACUUCCUCGAAUUUAACUACUGAUAGAGAGGGUGAUCUGAACAAAAUUUUAAUCAAUCAGGAUUUGACUCAGAAGAUACAACUCGCGCAAAAUGUCAUAAAAGUUAUGAACGAUGUUCAAAAAUUAAAGAAUGAUGUACAGCGUCUGGAAACGGAAAAUUCCCAUCUCAAGGCAGAAAUUGAUUACAAAACAAACAGUUGCACAAGGACACUGGAAUGCCUGGAUCAGAAAACACGUGUUGCGUUUUAUGCGUACUACUCUAACAAUUUCAAAGCUCUAACCACUGGGACAACCUUAGUCUUUGAUUCAGUAAUCACAAACCUUGGCAACGGGUACCAUAAUAGAACUGGAAUAUUUACUACUCCAUCAUCAGGGGUCUAUGCCUUUACUUGGACCGUGAACGCAGCAGGACUACACGUCGCUGGAUCAUCUGGCAAUGAAUAUGGCGAGAUGAAUGCGUCCAUAAAACAAAACGGAGUAACAAGAGGGUCGAUUAAGGCUGAUUCUGAAAGAAAGAAUGAUGACGACAGUGCUACUGGUUUUGUUGUUUUGAGUCUAAGCCUUGGGGACAAAAUAAAAAUUGUAUCUGAUAAGUUUAACGGUCAGGGAGGAAUGUACAGCGACGAUGAAUAUGGCCGAACUUCUUUUUCUGGAUUUCAAAUUGCAUGAUUCAUUUAUAACAUGAUUCAUGUUUUUAUUCUCACUUGCAUAGAUAUAUAUAUAUUCAAAAGACGUUAAGAAAUAGUUCAAGAUAGUCAACUUUGUAACGUUGUAACGCAAGUCGGCUUGUGCAUUUGAAAUGUAACGUGGUCAUAUCAUUUAAAAUACUCUAUUUUGGGUGAUGACGAUGGACCCUUUUUUAUCAAGUUUGCAUUUUUUUCCAAAUAUGAAUGUUGGAAAUGUUUCAACUGUAAAAUUUAUCGGGAGUAAACAUUCGCAUAAUGAGUGUAUGAAUUUUAAAUGAAAUUUAUUUAUUCAAAAAAGAACUUGUUUCAGUAAUUUUCUUUUUCUCGAUUGCUUCAUUAUAUGAAAAUCGUUUAUGCUAUUAUUUCUUUAUCGCAGUACAUGUAGGUUGCUUUAUUAUUUUUUAAAAUUGUGAUAACUUGCAUGCCUCUAUAUUGUUUUAAAAAAUGUUUCUCGUUUAAUAAAUCUCAUAUGAUUGUUUCCAUAUACGUAAUAAAACAUUUAAUGAAUAGUUCCUCAGGAAAAAUCAAGUUUAUGGUCCUCUCGGUAGAAAACUAAUUCCUUCGCCGCCUCGGGAAAUACUUUCCUCCCAUGGAGAACCAUGAACUUGCUAUGUCACGAGACCCAUAACAGUAUAGUUAUUUCCAUUCAUAUGUCGACUCGAUAUAUCCCAGUGAACUCUAAAUAAAAUACACAUCAGAGUCUGCCACUUCAGUUUCAUAUUUGGAUGUCGUUUUGACUAUAGACUAUAAGGGCCAAUUAACAACUAAAUUGUAUGCCAAACAAUAUUUCAGCGUUUUUCAUCGUCAACGUUAUCUAUUUUUUGUUGUAAUACUUAGCCAUCUCCUACAUAUGAAGUUUUUGUUUACUAACUUAUUCGAUACACAAGAGCAUGUUCUGAGUAUGAUCAAUUUUUAAACCGACCAGGCUACCGGCAGAUAAAUUGAGGUUACAGGGAUUUCAACAAUCUCGUUUCAAGUCGCAAUUCUAUUGUCGUUGUACAUGUUAUGGCCUUGUUAGCAUAUGUAACCAAUCAUGGGUUUUGGUUGAUGUUUUUCUUAACAAUCAUAAAGGUUUUGAUUUUAUACUGAAUUUAACUAUGGAAUAUCCUGUCUUUCUGAUCAAUAUUCUCGGCAGGUUGACCGGUCGACAGGGGAAGCUUACUCCUCCUAAGCACCUGAAUUCUGUUCAACAGAGCUAGCUCUAUAUAUAGAACAUUUCUGUUGGAGGUAUAAGGAAAUUUGGCUAGCGUUCCCUAACGUUCGCUUUGUUGAACAGGUUUUGCUGUAAAUGAGGUUUUGGCAAUUGUCUGAGAGACCUCAUGAAUAAGUAUUUAGCCUUUUUAAACAUGUACUUCUAUUAAAGUGUUAAUAACGUAAAGAAGGUUAAUAACGUAAAGAAGUGGUAAACACUGUUGACUUGCAAUUAGAGAAGGAAAUAAUUAUUGACACUGUGUGAUAAGGAAUGUGUAACAAGAAAAUAAUUAUAUCCGUUUAGUGGAAAUAUUCUUUACAGUGGACUUGAAAUAGCUUAAGACAUAAGUUGUAGACUUUAAAUCUUUAGUAUUUUUAUGUAUCGAGCAUAGUAUGCUUUACAUGGACAAAUACGUCGUGUGUGUAGAGGUACCAAUGUAUUGUUAUACUCAGUAUUAAUGUUAUGUUCCCACUAUCACGAUUGGCGCCGCGAUUAAAAUCGGGGACUCGAACGUGGACAAAUCGUAGUGAUCGUAUCCAACCGAAACA